UCUGCGUUCCACGCAAGCGCACAAUGACGUCGUUUAUGCUGAGAAGGAUUCGAAAUCGAUUGUCGAAAAAAACUCAAGUCGCUCAACAAAAUGUCGGAUAAACAAAAUGCUCAAAAAAGUGCUAAAAUAGCAGCUGGCGCCGUGGUGUGCGUCGAAAGCGAGAUCAGAGGGGAAGUCACUAUUGGUGCCAGAACGGUGGUCCAUCCCAAAGCCCGCAUCAUUGCCGAGGCAGGACCCAUAGUCAUCGGAGAAGGCAACCUCAUCGAGGAACAAGCUCUUAUAAUUAACAGUUAUCCAGAGAACAUAGCGCCUGACUCUGAGGGGGUGGAGCCAAAGACGAUGACCAUCGGCAUCAACAACGUGUUUGAAGUUGGGUGUAUGUCUCAAGCUUUGAAAAUUGGGGACAACAAUGUCAUAGAAUCCAAAGCUGACCUGGGCAGGAACAUGAUUCUAACUUCUGGUUGUAUCAUCGGCGCCUGUUGCCAGGUCAACACCUGUGAGGUCAUACCUGAAAACACUGUCAUCUUCGGCUCAGGGUGUCAGAGACGUGUGCAGACAGAGCGACCACAGCCUCAGACUCUUCAGCUUGACUUCCUGAUGAAGAUCCUCCCCAACUACCACCACAUGAAGAAGACUGUCAAAACCACCUCCGCUGUCACACCGGCCAAAAACUAAACCCCACCAGCUCUCAGCCCCGGGCCCAAAAAAAUAUACCUCUCUGGCAGACAGCGAACGAAGGAAUCUCUUACCACUCAAAAUGUACUGCCACUACUUUAACAAGAAUCUGAAGAAUGUCACUGAACUGUUCUCCUUGUCUCACCACACCGAGGUCCAGUUUCCCAGACCCGGGCUGGAUUUAAACAGUUUAGUCCAUGAUGAGGCGUGACCUGGGACUGGGAAACUGCCCCUUGGUAGUGGAAGUGCUAUAUGUUUCGUGUCUCGACUGUUUACCACCAAAUGCUUUAUAUCAAAUUGUAAUUAAAAAUUGACUUAUUUAAAAGUA